AUGACGACAGGAUCGCCUGCUCUAGGGUUUAGAGAUCGGUCCCCGGGGACGCCGCGCUUCCUGAGGCAGCAGCGGCCCCUGGUGGCCGCGCCGCAGGGCACAGCCGCCUCGCCAGGAUGGAGGCUGGGAAGGCUGUGUGCCCUGCUGCGGAGGAGGCAGCCAGGCCAGCCCCACCGUCCUCUGGUUGGGACCCUCCUAGAGGCUGAGAACUCCCGGCUGCAGACCCCCGGCAGUGGUUCCAAGGCUUCCCUCAGCUUCCAGGACCCUAAGCUGGAGCUGCAUUUCUCUGGGACGCCAGAGGGCCGGCAUCUGGGACCUUUGCUCUCUGCCCUGAGCCCUACUCCCCUCUCCUCGCCCUUGCCUGAUACCCUGGAGACACCUGUGCCAGGCUUUCUGAAGAGCCAAGAAUUCCUCCAGGCCCGUACCCCAACCUUGGCCAGCACCCCCAUCCCGCCCACACUUCUGGCUCCCUGCGCUGUUACAGAUGCAGAGAUCAAAACCCAGGAUGCCCCCCUCUCCCUGCUCCAGCCGCAGCUUGGGAGGCAGUGGGCUCCAGAGGCCAUAUGGGCUAAAGACAAGGAGGCCAUCCCUACCAGCGUCCUGCCAGGACCAGAGGAACCCGGGGGUGAGCAACAAGAGGCCAGUACAGGCCAGUCCCCUGAGGAUCAUACCUCCUCAGCCCCACCCCUCAACCCUGAGCGCCCUAGUUUAGAGGCCAAAGGUGGAGAACCCAAUGGGUCUGGAAUGUCCAGCAGAUUCCAGGAGGAAGGUGAAGGGCAAAUUGGGGGGCUGGCAGAGAAAGAAACAGCCAUAGAGGUCAAAAUGGUGAACGGUCUGCAGCAGGAAACAUGGCAAGAAGAUGGGGGUCUGAACAUGAAGAAAAUCCAGGACUCCCAGGGUCCUUUGGAAAAAGAAACUCUGAAGUCUCUGGAAGAGGAAAUUCAAGGGCCACUGAUGUCUCUGGAAGAACAGACCCACGAGACACUGAGAUCUCUAGAGAAAGAGAAUCCAGAAUCUCUGCAGUCUUCAGAAGAAGAGAGUUUAGACACAUCAAAAGGUCUAGAAAAGGAGAAUCAAGAGCUAUUGAUGUCUUUAGAAGAAAAGAAUGCAGAUGUAGUGAGACCUCAAGAAAAAGAGACUCUAGAACUACUUAAGCCUGUAGGAAAUGAGGACUCACAGACAUUGCAAUCUCUAGAAAAGGAGAAUCAAGAACUAAUGAGGUCUCUUGAAGGUACUCUAGAGACGUUUUUAUAUCCAGGGAAGGAAAGUCAAGAAUUAGUGAGGUCUCGAGAAGAGAACUUUGAGUCAAUGAGAGAUCUAGAAAAGGAGAACCAAGAGCCACUGAGAACUCUAGAAGAUGGGAAUCGAGAGAACUUGAGACCUCUAGAAAAAGAGAACCAGGAACCACUGAGGUCUCUGGAAGAAGAAGACCAGGACACAGGGAGACCUCUAGAAAAAGAGAACCAAGAACCAGUGAAGUCUCUAGAAGAUGAGAACCAGGAGACAGUGAGACCACUAGAAACAGAGAACCAGAGGUCCUUGAGGUCUUUAGAAGAUGAGGACCAGGAAACAAUGAAGCCUCUAGAAAAAGAGAACCAAGAGCCACCAGUGGAGUCUUCAGAAGAAGACCAGGCAACACCGAAACUUCUAGAAAAGGUGAAACUAGAACCACUAAAGUCUCUUGGAAAAGACCAGGAGAUAUUUCGACCUCUUGAAAAAGAGAAUCAACAGUUAUUAAGAUUCCUAGAAGAAGAGAGUGCAGAGGUGAUGAGAUCUCCGGAAACAGAGAAUUUAGAAUCGCUCCAGUCAGCAAGAGAAGACUUGGGAAUAUUGCAGUCUCUAGGAACUCUAGAGCCCCUGUGGUCUCCAGGAGAAGUGAAUCAGGAGACAAUGAAGCCUCUAGAAAGGGGAAGUCAAGAACCACUGGAGUCGGUAGAAGAGAACCAGGAGACAUUGAGGCUCCUAGAACAGGAGAACCAGGAGUCCCGGAGAUCUCCAGGAGAGUGGGGCCUAGAAAAUUCGAGACCUCCAGAGGGGAGAGGUCAGGAAAGUCAAAGGUGCCUGAUGGAGGAAGAGACCCCGGAGCAGAGGAGGAAUCAGGAGUCCCCGGGGUCUUUGAAAGAGGAAAGGCAGGAGUCCCCGCUGUCUGCCCGACACCAGGGGAGGGAAGAGAGAGUGGCAGACCAGGAACUGGACCAGGAAACGCCCCCCGGCGGGGCCGCAGGGGGCAAGGAGGCCGAGGCAGAGCUGGACGUGAGGGAGUGGGGUGGCCUCCCCGGGAAGUCCGCGGGGCAUGGAGAACUGCAGCUGGCUGCCGCAAGGGAGGUCUGGAGCGCAGGGGAGGGGCGCCCAGGGGGCCCUGAGCCCGAGGAGCAGAGGGUCCCGGUUGAGGGAGCCAGUGGGGAGGGAGGCCCCGAGGGCUUCCAGGACCCUGAAGGGCAGCCAGAGCAAGCGGGGGGCCCGGGCCUCCGAGCUCCCCAGGGAAUGUCGGAGGGGAGAGACCUGGUGUUGGAAGGUGGAGAGGAGGCCCCAAGGGGUGGCCAGGUCUCAGAGGUCGCCUCGACGGCUGUGGGUGAGGCUGCUUCGGGCAGCCAGCAGGGACCAGAGCGGGAGGUGGUGGUGCCACCCGUGGGUGAGGAAGGUUUGGAGGCAGAGAAGAGGCAGGGCUUGGAAGAACCCCAAAAGGACGCAGAGGAGGCAGCUGCUCUGAAACCAGAGCUUUCCAGCCCAGCAGGGAGGAGCACAGACCUCCCGGAGCCUCCCAGGGGCUGGGAGGAGUCGGAGCCCGAGGCCCCCUGGGGGGCGGAGGGGGCGUUCCCUGCCGAGACCCUGUGCCGCACUCUCGGCGGAAGUGGUACCCCUCAGCCCGGGCCCCAGGGGCCCGAGGACGCAGGGGAAGAAGCAGUGUUAGAGCCAGCGUCGCCGCCCAAGCCAUCAGAGCCCCGGUCGCCCACCCCAAUCCCUGGAGAUGCCCCUGGGCCCCAGCCCCUGGCCGCGGGGAGCCAGGAGGCUGGCUGGGGGCUGGAGGGCCGAGCGGAGGCUCUGGGAGGGGUGGAGGGGGAGCCAGAGGAGCUGGGUUCUGAGGGGAGCCCCGAGGAUCUCCAGGAGGAGGGGGAGGAGAACCGAGAGGACAGCGAGGCUGAUGAGCUUGGGGAGACUCUUCCUGACUCCACUCCCCUGGGCCUCUAUCUCAGGUCCCCCGCCUCCCCCAAGUGGGACCUGCUUGGGGAGCAGAGGCCCCCCCCUCAAGGGGAGACCAGAAAGGAAGGCUGGGAUCCUUCUGUGCUGGCCUCUGAAGAGUGUGGGGCCCAGCCAGGGGAAGAGGAGGAGGGGGAGGAGGAGGGGGAGGAGGGGAGGAGGGAGGAGGAAUGCGGUCAGGACUCUGACUUGUCGGAGGAAUUUGAGGAUCUGGAGGCUGAGGGUUCUCUCCUUCCUGGGGUCCCCGGGGAGGCUGUGGAGCCUCCAGGCCAGAGGCCUCAGAUGCUGCUGGAGCCUGCAGCCUGGGAAGGGGAUGGGGAGUCUGAUGGGUUUGCAGAUGAGGAAGAGAGUGGGGAGGAGGGCGAGGAAGACAGAGAGGAAGAAGAGGGGAGGGAGCCAGGGGCUGGCCUGUGGGGCCCAGGGCCCUCUGUCAGCACCCUCCGCGCUCUGAGUGGCCCUCAGGGAGGGACCCUCCCGGGCUCUGAGACCGUGGAUGUCAGCGUUCCCUGGGACGACAGCUCGCGAGGCAUAACAGCCGAUGCCGGUGAGGAGUCCCGGGACAGCACCGAGCCCGAGCCCUCGGGCUCAGAGGAAGAGUCUGACCCUGCUCCCUUGGAGAGGGAGGACCCAGUCCCUGGCCCUCUGGAGAGCCACUGUGGGAUGGGAGACACGGGCCUGGGGGUAGGGGACACCCUUGGGGUCAAUGGUCGGGUCCCCAGCUUGAAGGAGGAGUUAGAGCAUGUGAAUGGGGGGGUGGUAAAUGGGCUGGAGCAGUCAGAGGGAGGAGGGCAGGGAGAACCAGGGGGCCCCGAGGGGGACCAAAGGAGCCCCUUGGAGGACGAGGAGGAGGGGGGUGCCCUGAGGACUCCUUGGGCAGGACCUUCUCUUCACCUGGGCCCAGGCCAGUUCCUGAAGUUCGGUCAGAGGGAAGGCGACGUGGAGUCUUGGUCCUCGGGCGAGGACUAG